ACAUGUUGAGCGAUGGCCGAUCAGUCGACUGGGGCUGGUCAGAAUGGGGAGCUGAAGAAGUCACCGGCCGCCGCCGGGCUGGGCAUCAUCCGUGAGCGGAGCUUCGUGCGCACGCCCAACCAUCAGCAGCAGAUGAAGCGGCGCAGCCUGAUGCAGCUGCAUCCGCAGCAGACGCAGCAGCAGCACGCACAGCAGAUGCGCAUGAAGCCCGCGCUGGAGAUCUACAGGCCGCCGAAUCCCCAUCGCAUUGCAGACGUCCGCAUCGAUGGACUCGCGCAGAACAAACUCAACGUGCACGCGCAGGAAUUCACCAUGAACAGGUCGGGCGUGAAUAUGUUCGCGCCGACUGGGAACAACCUGCAGCACUCCAAGUCCAGCAGCAACAUGCAGCAGCCGUUCGGCGCCAGGCCGCACCCGCAGAUGACGCUGAACAAUCUCACGGGCCACAGGACGGCCAUCCUGCUGUCGCAUCCCCUGCAGAUGGGGCAGCUCAGCAUGGGCAUGGCCAUGCCGGCGUCCCAGAUGCCCCUCGUCAACUCCCAGUCCAGCGGAAAUAUCUUGCAUUCCGCCCCAAGGGUUAAAUUCGCACCGGAGCCGCAGAUUGUCCACACGCCGGCGAGUCAGGCCAGCACGCAGCAGAACUACCCGAAUCCCAAUCCUCUGCAGCGAUCGAAGAGCCUCUCGUCCGCCGACACCAUCGCGCGCGGCAUCGCGGGCUUGGGCCUCGCGCUGGGAAACGAAGCGACAGACAUUGGCAGCUUUCCGCCAGACAUACAGUCACUCGUGGACAAAGCCACGGAAGAUCCCAACCAGCUGAACGCGAGGAAUCUGAUGGAACUGGCCUGUCAUGUAAUGCAGAGAGCCGUGGAAGCUCGACGAUAUGCGCUUCCCAUUUCCCGCUUGUGCAUCGCCAUUGUGGCCAAGGAGAGGAAAGAGACGUUCCUCGAAGCGCUGCUCAACACGUGUCGGCAGUGGUUCCAAGAGAGAGACAAGAUUCUGGGACCGGCGCCAAACACCAGGAACAACUCACGACCACGAUUCACUGCCUUCAUGGCCUUCCUCACGGAGAUGUUCUGCCAGCUGAAGAGGCGACAAUUGCAGCUGCGCACGCAGUGUGACGGCGCUCCUCCGACGCUCGUCCUGCUCACGCUCCUGUCCAAGUGCUGCGAGGACGCUGUGCGUCCGCCCAUCAGAUCCCUCUCGGAGAUCGAGUGCCUGUUCUACGUGCUCACGUGCAUCGGACGCGAUCUGGAGAUGCAUCUGGCGCCUCAGCUGGAGUCCCUGCUGGCGUCCGUGCGCGACGCCUUCCUCAACUCGGCCUCCUCGUCGCCGGCCAUCCGGCGGACGCUGCUGCAGCUGAUCGAGCUGCAGGCGUCGCGCUGGCAGCUGCCCGGCAACACUGUCCUGUACUACUAUCCCUCGUCGAAGUGAUGCGGCCGGGCGUGUUUCACUUGCGAUUGAAGGCAUUUAAAUCAACCUCUCUCUCUCUCUCUCUCUGUGCUAUUCUUCUUCACAUGAUGAGCUAUUUUCUUGCGUGGAAUGCAAGAAAAUAGCUCCUGAGCGAAACACAAGAGCAAAUGAGCGUUAAAUUGGCGAGUGAAAAACCUCAUUAUCUUGUAGAUGUGUGUACAAUUCUGUGCUGAUGAACAAAAAGGUGUGUAAUAUUUACAGUUUUUAUUAUGAAUUAUUGCAUAGUGAUAGCGAAAGUUUCAAAGUCUCAAAGUGAAUUUCAAUAUUGAAAGACCAUCAAUUUCGGCACUUAUUAUUUUAUAUAACACUCUGCAAUGUGGAGAGAGGAGAAGAAGCACAAACAGCAUCUCUUCAUCUCUCCUCCAACAUUUGUGCCAUUUUGUCCAUGAAAUUCUCAAAAACUUUACAAUACUAAAAAACAACAAAAUAAUGAUUAAUUUCCAAACUAGUCCAACUAGUCAUAAUCUUUGCUCCUUCUUUAUUUUUGUCAUUGUAAACAAAAAUUAGUCAUGAAGUUAUUUUUUCCUCUUUUUACCCAUGAAAUUCUCUCUUUUUCUCUCUCAUGCAAAAACCAAGCAUAGAAAGUCUUUUAUUUGAAUUUAAUUUAAUUAUUUUCUCUCCUCCUUGAAAUAUCAUUUACAACUUAUAAUUUUUUUUCCAAUAAAUUAUUUAAUUUCCAA